AUGCCUCCCCGAUCCAGAUUCACAAGGCUUGAUGCCUUCACCAAGACGGUCGACGAAGCCCGCGUACGAACCACUAGCGGAGGCAUAGUGACAAUUGUGUCACUGCUGGUGGUGUUGAUCCUGGCGUGGGGUGAAUGGGCGGACUACAGGAAGACGGUGAUACAUCCCGAGCUGAUCGUGGACAAGGGCAGAGGCGAACGCAUGGAGAUUCAUCUCAACAUGACAUUCCCCAAGAUGCCAUGCGAAUUGCUGACCUUGGACGUGAUGGAUGUGUCGGGCGAACAACAACAUGGCGUCAAGCAUGGAAUCAACAAAGUCCGUCUCCAACCUCUGUCAAAGGGCGGAAAGGUCAUCGACGUUAAGACACUCGCUCUUCACGACGAUUCGGCCCUUCAUCUGGAUCCCGAGUACUGUGGCGACUGCUACGGAGCACCCAGCCCCUCGAACGCCGUCAAGCCAGGCUGCUGCAACACUUGCGACGAGGUCAGGGAGGCCUACGCACAGGCUUCGUGGGCUUUUGGUCGAGGCGAGAACGUCGAGCAGUGCGAGCGUGAACAUUAUUCUGAGAAGCUGGACGAACAGCGUGCUGAAGGCUGCCGUAUCGAGGGCAGUCUCCAAGUGAACAAGGUUGUUGGCAACUUCCACCUGGCCCCGGGCCGCAGUUUCAGCAACGGCAACACGCACGUGCACGAUCUCAAAAACUACGUUGAAACGCCCAAGGGUCAAAAGCACGAUUUCACCCACAUCAUUCACUCACUGCGUUUCGGGCCCCAGCUGCCCGAAUCCAUUGCUCAGAAGAUUGGCGGCAAGGACGUCUUUGGAAACAACCAUCACACCAACCCGCUGGACGGUACUCGACAGGACACUAGGGAUCCCAACUACAACUUCAUGUAUUUCCUGAAGAUCGUCCCGACGUCCUUCCUACCUCUGGGCUGGGAACGGAAGGUUCAGAAGAUGACGAGCUACCUCAGUCAGAACGCUGAGCUUGGCAUGCUGGGCACUGCUGCAGACGGUAGUCUUGAGACCCAUCAGUACUCUGUGACUAGCCAUAAGAGGAGCUUGUCUGGUGGCGAUGACUCUGCGGAAGGCCACGCCGAACGCCUGCACUCGCGAGGCGGCAUUCCAGGCGUCUUCUUUUCAUAUGAUAUCUCGCCCAUGAAGGUCAUCAACCGCGAGGAGCAGAACAAGACCUUCCUCGGAUUUCUUGCAGGACUUUGCGCCAUCGUCGGCGGCACCUUGACCGUAGCUGCGGCCGUGGACCGUGGUCUCUUUGAAGGAGCGACGAGACUCAAGAAGAUGAGGUCAAAGGACUUGUAA